AUGGCUUCGACCCAGACCAAUGAUGCGGCCCUGGCAACUGAUACCGAGAAACAAAGCCAUGUUGCAGUGACCGGUUCAGGAGACACGGCCCAGACUGAGCAACGAAGCGACGUGGUGGCAACCGAUUCAGGCGACAUUGAAGAAGGCAGAGAUGCAUAUCGACAGGGUGGAUUCCAUCCAGUCUACAUUGGGGACGUUUAUGCAGACAAGUAUGAAGUCAUGAGUAAGAUUGGUUACGGGCGCUAUUCGACAGUGUGGCUGGUCAAAGACCUCUCAAAGCCGCCGAACGAUGACCACCGAUUUCGAGCUCUCAAAGUUUUGAGUGCGGAGUGCUACGGUCAAGACAGUCCCAUAUUUGAGAGAGAGAUUCUCACUCACCUUCGCGCGGGUAAUCGUACCUCCGCGGGUUACAAAUAUGUCUGCCACCUCGUCGAUGAUUUCGAGAUGGAGGGUCCCAACGGCAACCACGUCUGCCUCGUGUUGGAACUCAUGGGAGAAACCUUGCGGUCCUUUGGCGUCUGGUUUCGGGAGUUUAUGGUACCCACCCCGAUCAUGCGCAAGUUUACCCUCCAGCUAGUUCUUGCCCUCGACUUUGCUCACGAUAGCAAUGUGAUUCAUACCGAUAUCAAACCCGACAACAUAUUUGUCAAGUUUCGAGAUAUGCAUCGUAUCGAGUCAGAGUACCUUGUCAAAGAGUGUAUCCCGGAGCAGAACAAGUCUGACAAACGAUACACCCCGAUCCAAUCCCGGUCUUUGCGGAGAUACUAUUUUGGGGACGAACCCAGGCGGAUGUUGGAGCUCGACAUCGCCUUGGGCGAUUGGGGUGUCUCCAGCUGGACCGACAAGCAUCUCACUGAUAACAUCCAGUCUGUGGCUCUCCGGGCCCCUGAAGUUCUCGUCGGGGCUCCAUGGGACACGAAAGUCGACUGGUGGAACCUCGGCGCUGUGAUUUUCGAGGUGUAUCGUGCCAUUCGCUUGUUUGACGGAGGGGUCGCGCCCGAUGGCCACUAUGAAGUCAAGGAACACUUGGCGGAGAUGGUCGACAUAUUCGGCCCAUUUCCUAGCACCUUGCUGGAGAAAGGCGAUGCUGCCAUUCGGGAUUGGUUUGACGACGAAGGGAGGAUCAAAGACGCCGGGCCGAUGGGCCGGCCACCCCUCGAGUCGCAAACAUUUCUGCCAGGUCUAGACCCGGCCACGAGGGAUGUAUUUGGGUCAUUUCUCAGGGUUAUGAUGAAGAUAGAUCCCACUGAGCGGCCAACACCCGAAAAACUCGUGGAACAUCCUUGGUUGGACCCAAAAAGCCAAUGGUAA